CGACCGAGCGGUGCCAGGCCAGGUGUGCGCGUCCGUCGGUCCUUCCGUGCCCGCGCCGGAGACCAGCCUCGGAGGCCGCCGGGCCCGUCCCUGUGCCCGGCACCAUGAAGCAGGAGUCCACAGCCCAGAACACCCCGCCCGCCUCGCCGCCCCUCUCACCAGCCCCCUCGCCAACCCCCUCGCCACCCUCGCAGCAUCCCCGGGAUGACGGCGACCCCCAAGCGCUGUGGAUUUUCGGGUACGGCUCCCUGGUGUGGAGGCCCGACUUCGCCUACAGCGACAGCCGUGUGGGCUUCGUGCGCGGCUACAGCCGCCGCUUCUGGCAGGGAGACACCUUCCAUCGGGGCAGCGACAAGAUGCCUGGCCGUGUGGUGACCCUCCUUGAAGAUCAUGAGGGCUGCACUUGGGGUGUGGCAUACCAGGUUCGAGGUGAGCAGGUGAGCGAGGCGCUGAAGUACCUGAAUGUUCGGGAAGCAGUGCUUGGCGGCUAUGAUACCAAGGAAGUCACCUUCUACCCCCAAGAUACCCCUGACCAACCACUCAAGGCAUUGGCUUAUGUGGCUACCCCCCAGAAUCCUGGAUACCUGGGUCCUGCCCCUGAGGAGGCCAUUGCAACACAGAUCCUGGCCUGCCGCGGCUUCUCGGGCCACAACCUCGAGUACUUGUUGCGCCUGGCGGACUUCAUGCAGCUCUGUGGGCCCCAGGCACAGGAUGAGCACCUGGCUGCCAUCGUGGACGCUGUGGGCACCAUGCUGCCCUGCUUCUGCCCCACCGAGCAGGCUUUGGCACUGGUCUGAGGGGCUGAGCCCCUGAACAGAGUGUCCACAUAGACAUGGGGCCAAGUCCCCAAACCUGUGCACACAGCGGACUUGAUAGAGUUGGAGCCCGCUGGAAGGACUCGGUGGACAGCUGGGAGCCUUUCUCCUAAGCCCCUGCCUGUCCCACCAGCCUCCAGCUAUCCUGCCUGACACUGACUACUUGAAACUAUUUAUUGCACCAUGUUGGUGUGGUGGGCAGGUGGGGGGCCUGCCCCAGACAUAGGGGCCCUGCUGAGCAGUGCCCCACCUCAGGCACCUGGUGCCUGGCCCAAUUCCCCCCAGUGCUGCUGCUAACCCCAUACCACCCAGGCCUCUGCCUCCCAUCCCCAGUCCAAACACUCCUCAGCCCUGGAAAUAGAGGACAUGUGAAAAGUCCCAGCCUGUUGGGAAGGGGUGGGG